GUUUAAGUUGUUAUCUCAGGAGGAAGGAGAGUACUUCAACGUCCCAGUUCCUCCUGAGGGCGAGGAGGGCAACGAGGAGCUACGGCAGAAGUUUGAGAGGGCUAAGAUUGGUCCGAGCACCAAGAACACAGAAGGCUCGGCCUCCAAGUUCGACUCCAACGGGAACAGAGACCGCAUGAAGCUGUCUGACUUUAACUUCCUGAUCGUGUUGGGCAAGGGAAGCUUCGGCAAGGUGAUGCUAGCAGAACAUAAGGACAGAGAGGCGCUGUACGCCGUAAAGAUCCUGAAGAAGGACGUGGUGAUUCAGGAUGAUGAUGUGGAGUGCACCAUGGUGGAGAAGAGGGUCCUGGCCCUGUCAGGGAAACCUCCCUUCCUCACACAGCUCCACUCCUGCUUCCAGACCAUGGACAGGUUAUAUUUUGUGAUGGAGUAUAUCAACGGAGGAGACCUCAUGUAUCAGAUCCAGCAUGUCGGCAAGUUCAAGGAACCUCAUGCUGUGUUCUAUGCAGCAGAGAUUGCCAUAGGUCUGUUCUUCCUUCAUCUGAAAGGAAUCAUUUACAGGGAUCUGAAGCUGGACAACGUCAUGCUGGAUGCAGAAGGCCACAUUAAGAUCGCUGACUUUGGGAUGUGCAAAGAGAACAUGUUAGACGGUGUCACCACCAAGACCUUCUGUGGGACCCCAGACUACAUCGCUCCUGAGAUCAUUGCGUACCAGCCCUAUGGGAAGUCAGUGGACUGGUGGGCCUUUGGAGUUCUGCUGUAUGAGAUGCUGGCUGGACAGCCUCCCUUCGACGGUGAGGAUGAGGAUGAGUUGUUCCAGUCCAUCAUGGAGCAUCACGUCUCCUACCCCAAGUCUAUGUCCAAGGAGGCUGUCGCCAUCUGCAAAGGGUUGAUGACCAAGCACCCUGGGAAGCGCCUGGGCUGUGGUCCGGAGGGGGAGCGAGACAUCAGAGACCACGGGUUCUUCCGCUAUAUGGACUGGGACAAAGUGGAGAACAAGGAAGUACAACCGCCAUUCAAACCCAAAGCUUGCGGGCGCGAGGCAGAGAACUUUGAUCGUUUCUUCACCCGCACCCCCUGUCCUGACCCCCCAGACCAGGAGGUCAUCAUGAACCUGGACCAGGAAGAGUUCCAGGGGUUCUCCUUCGUUAACCCAGAGUACCCCUCUGUUACUGAGGAGGAGGCUGCAGAGAGCUAGGACAGACACACACACACUCCUUAACCAACACAC